AACUCUCAGCUGGUAUCUAGUUUCAAACACGACGCGUUUGCCGCUUCCGCUGAAUCCCACCCGAGUUAGUAUCCACUGACGUGGCUUUCGUUCAUUGAUGCACUUCUAGCGGGUUGCACUCCCCACGUCAUAUAAAACAUCGUCCAUCAUUGAUGCAUCCACAAUCAUCAUGUCGGCCGAAGAACUGCAGAAAAUAAUUUCCCCGAAAUUUACCGAACAAGUGCUUUUAGACAUCGUCACCAAAAAAAGUGGGUUAUGUGACAUCAAACUGAAAAAAAUCCAGCUCGGGGCCCCUGCGAAAAAAGGGGAUUCGUACCUGAGCACGAUUUGUAGAUUCACCCUUGAGGCCGUUGGCAAGAACAAAGACGGUAAAGAGGAGUUCGUUUCGUUUCCUGUGAUCGCAAAAUUCCCGCCGAAAAAUUUAGCCCGGCGCAAAACCUGGAGAUCGACGGAGUUUUUUGAAAACGAAAUCAUCUUCUAUAACAAGGUAUGGAGUGCCUUCCAAAAAUACCAAGAGGACGCACAAAUUAAAGACAAGUUUGAUAAUCUGCCACUAAUGCUUGCCACUUAUUGGGAUGGUGUAGAUGACUUUGUGGCUAUGGUGGACGUGAGUCCUGAAGGCUACACAAGCGCGGAACGCGCUACUGGUCUAGAUUAUGACCACACAGCUGGAAUUUUAAAAAUUCUGGCACAAUUCCACGCUCUUAGUUUAGCUUUUAAAGAACAACAACCAGAGAACUUUGAGAAAGCUGCCACUAGCCUUAAGGAAACCUACUUCUCUGAAAGACUCCGUCCGUGGUACUCCAACUUCCAAAAAAACGUCUUCGUUGUCAACAGAGACGCCGUCGAAAAAGAACUCCCACCUGAGUACCUACACAAACUAAACAAACUUAUUGAUAAUGAUUUAUAUGGCGUGCUCAUCAAAUCGUGUGUAGCCAGAGGGCCACUAUCAGUGGUGACCCAUGGCGACGUAUGGGUACCCAAUUUUCUGUUCAAGUACCAAGGUUCCAAACCCGGCAGGAUCACCGUGAUUGACUUCCAGCUAGCGCGGUACAGUAGCUUGACGACCGAUUUAUUAUUUUUCUUGUUUUCUUGCGUGGAUCCCGACUUGGUGAAGGAUAAAUGGGACGAUUUGAUUGCCUUGUACCAUCAGACUCUGCUAGAGAGCAUGAAAAAAUAUGGAGCUAAGGGUACCGUCACUUUGGACGCCUUACAAGCAGAAAUUAAGAAAUACAGCUGUUUGGGGGUUGGGAUGUCCAUGGAGGCGCUCAUCAUGUCGCAGUUGGAGGAUGACGAAGUUAGCGACGUCGACGGUAUUGAGGGUGAUGAGGCCGUUCCUUUGGAAAGUGUGUGGAUAAUUAAGCCCUUCAAGGAAAAGGAGCGGCGGCAAAGGAUUGCUAAGAUGGUCAAAAUGGCGGCAGAUUGGAACUUCAUUUAGUGGGUCUAAAAAAAUAUACAUUAUAAAAGUGACUGGAAACUUUACUAUAUGGCUCAUACACUAUAAAUAAAUUAAGUAAAGUUUUUUUUCUAGAUAUUAUUAGUUAAAUUUACUGAACUGAAAUUUUGGGGUACAUAAUGAUGUCAGUUCGAAAUUGUUCCUUUUUCAGUGAUGUAAUAAUUCACUUUUUGUAACUUAAUAUAUACGACUGAUCCAUAAAAAAUAAAUGUUUGCAAUCAAA